CUCCGUGGGAGGUGGGUAAUGGCUGCUGUCUGGUAGCAGUCCCAGUCUCGCCCAUGUGUCUUGCAGGUGCCGCGGAUCAUCAGGUGCCUCUACCGAAACCUGAAGUACGUCAGGGAGUUCUCGGCCCGGGUCACGCUAAACAGGACCCUUUGCCAGCUGGCCUGCUCGAAGCCUGCUGAGGUGACCGUGAGCCUGCUGUACUGCUCGCCACUGUGCAACAGCACCGCCAUGACCCUGUGGAAGGUGCUGAUGGCUAAGCCGCUGGUUGCGAGAGACGUGCUGCGGGAGCUGCUGAGCUUGCUGGAGGAGCGUCCACUGCGCAGGCAGUCCAGCUGCGAGAGGGACAACAGCUGCAUCCUUCCCCUGGCCGCAACGAGAGCACUGCAUGCAAUCGUCCAGGAGCCCGCCUGCGCGCAGGUGGUGAAGGCGUUUUUCCCCCAGUUCUUCCUGGCGCUGCUCUUUCAGAUGGUCUUCACAGCAGAGUUCACCCGCCAGGAGGCCAACAUCUUCCUGAGGGAAUGCCAACGGGAUGAGUCCCGUGCCUGCAGCCACGUGAGGUGCUGGAUCCCAGUGCCCCGUCUCUGCUUCGGACCUGGAGGCAGGGCCAGGCUGGCCGUGUGACGUGGGCUUUGCUCCAUGCAGGUGCGCUGUGGAGGCCAUGAAAGGUCUCUUCAGCUGCGCUGGCUAUCAGCGUGCAGCCCUGGCUGUUGAGAGGAAGGGUGGCUGGGAGCUGUUUCUGUGUGCAGAGACAUCUCAGAGGGGAGUGUCUGUGCUGGCCAGGUACAGCCCUUUUCUCCCUGCUCUCCACCAGCACCUCUUCCCUGGACUUGGGGUGCCCCCCCAGUGUCCUUCCCUGUGGGUGAGGGGGGACCCCAGUUCUGCAAGAGAGGAGCUGCAGCCUGAGCACUUGUGGCAAGGGGUCCCCCAGCAAAAGGGCCAUGGGAUCUGCCUGCCCCAUUGCUGGGCAGCUGGGAGAGUUGCUGGGGGAGCAGGUGGUGUUUGGAGUGGUGGGAGAGGGUCCCUCACAGGAGUGGUGCCCUCCCAAA